GUGUUUCUUCUUUCUUGUGCAGUACAAGACUAUGCAUGGGGAAAGCUGGGCAGCAGCAGUGAGGUGGCUCGGUUGUGGGCUAGUGGUGACCCCAAACGUCAGAUAGAACCUACCAAGCCAUAUGCGGAGUUAUGGAUGGGAACUCACCCAAAAGGUGACGCUGUAAUCCUACAUAGUGGCGUAGCCCACAAGACUCUGGGGCAAUGGAUUGCUGCUCACCCGGAUUGUCUUGGGACGAAAGUCAGAGAAGCUUUUGACAGUCAGCUUCCUUUUCUAUUUAAAGUGCUGUCAGUGAGGCUAGCACUGUCUAUCCAGGCCCACCCAGACAAGGCAUUGGCUAAGAAGCUGCAUGCUCAGUUUCCACAGCAUUACCCUGAUGACAACCACAAACCAGAAAUGGCCAUUGCCCUCACACCUUUCCGGGGUCUCUGUGGAUUCAGACCUAUAUCUGAGAUUGUAGCCUUUUUGCGGGAUGUUCCUGAGUUCCGUGCACUCAUUGGCCAGGAUGCAGCACAGCAGUUGGAGGCAAGUGCAGCAGAUCUGUCCAAAGAUGUGGCGGUACGUACGGCUCUCCAGCGAUGUUUCACCUGUAUGAUGCAGAGAAGUAAGGAGGAGUACGCAGAACAGCUUCAAUUGUUGGUACAGCGCGUAAAGCAACAAGUUCAAAGUGGAGGUAAUGUGUUGUCUUGUCUUGGAGAUCUGCUCUUGACACUAAACUCGCAGUUCCCAGGAGAUAUUGGCUGUUUUGCCAUCUAUUUCCUCAACGUGGUAAACCUGCAGCCAGGAGAAGCCAUGUAUCUCGGAGCCAAUGAACCUCAUGCAUAUCUGGAGGGGGACUGUGUGGAGUGCAUGGCUUGUUCUGACAAUACAGUCCGUGCUGGACUCACCCCUAAGUUUAUAGAUGUGGACACGUUGUGUGAGAUGUUGACCUACACGUCAGCUCCUGCCACUAACAAACUCUUUACUCCAACACCUUUCAGUGGAGACCCUCGUGCCCUCCUCUACAACCCACCUGUACCUGAUUUCACCGUUAUCAAAAUUGAGGUACCAUCUUCUGUGUCCCAGUACCAUGUGCAAGCCUUAGAUUCUGCAAGCAUCCUAUUGGUUGUCCGGGGCCUUGCAUCCGGGCAAGGAUCACAUGAAAAUUUAAAUCUCCAUUCAGGAUCUGUUUUGUUCAUCUCUGCUAAUGAAAGCUUAACCCUCAAUGUGGAUCCAUCCCACUCUCUUCUCUUAUUCAGGGCUUGUUGUUUGCUCUGA